AUGACUAUACACGUACACUGCAGUAAAUUCAAUGACAGCUUGAAGUCUAUUGCAUAUGCAAAUCGGGGAAAACAAGAUGAAGUCGAUGAAGCAGGCGUCGCAAAUGAUGGAGCAGGUCUCGAUGACGAUGGAGCAGGUGUCGACAAUGAUGAAGCAGGUGUCGAUGACGAUAGAGCAGGUGUCGAUGACGAUUUAGCCGAUGUCGAUAAUGAUGAAGCAGUUGUCGAUGACAAAGGAGCAGGUGUCGAUGAAGAUGGAACCGGUCUCGGUAACGAUGCAGGUGUCGAUGGAGCAGGUGUAGGUAACGAUGUAGCAGGUCUCGAUGACGAUGAAGCAAGUAACGAUGACGAUGAAGCAAGUAACGAUGACAAUGGAGUAGGUGCAGAUGAUGAUGUAGCAAGUUUCAAUAACGCUAGAGCGGGUCUCGAAGAUACUUAA